AUGAAGCUGGCUCCUUUGAGCUGCAUCAGCAAGGCGCUCUCCUCCCAAAGCUUCUCGUCCCUCUACAUCCACCACCCUGCUCUCCUCCACUUCAUCUAUCGAUAUCCCGAUCUAGUGGAGAAAUUCGGGUCGCUGGUCCUGGAGCUUUGGUUGACCAAGCAGACUCAGCACACAGAUGCAGAGCAGAGCAUGGAGACAGGAGAGCAGAGAGAAAGCGGUGCGGAGGAAUAUAAGGAGCCGGACACAGAAACACGGGAGCUUCUGACUCUGAUGGAGAAACACCCAGCUGUCCUGCUGACCCUCCUGUGUUUCACACCCAGUUAG